ACAGGUUGAAGCGGAUGACAUUUUGCAGACAUGUAGUAUCUACCUUCACGAUUGUACGUAACUUACAUUGAAACAGUAAUCGAAGAAAGCCAACGAAGUGUAAUGAAGCUCUUCAAGUUGUGGGUUCAUCAACACACAUUUUGUGAAGAUGCACUAAUAGUAAAUCCGAAAGAAUUUCCUGAUUGUCAUAUUGGUGAUGUGUUGGAAAUUUAUCAUCCAGAUGAACAGACAAAGUCAAAAUGCUUGCUGCUUCAAAUUAAUUCCUUAAGAAAUGACUUUCAACAAAAAGACACAAUCAGCAUUGAACAGUCUGUUGCCAACUGGUUUCAACUUCGUACAUAUUCAGAUGUCAUUGUUCAUAAGGUAGAGCACAGUGAUGUCGAAGUUGAUUUGGUUGAAGUGGUUGUAAAAGACCAGUACAUCAGCAGGAGUGACAUGUGGAGAUUAUCAAAAGCCUUAGUAGGAAAAUGUGUGUAUAUCUCCAAAAAAAUUUCAUUCUGUGGUCUCAGAGGACAAAUUCAUGAACUUUGGAGAAAAGGAAAACAGAUGAUUUGUGGUGUGAUAUCAAAGGAUACCAGGGUUGUUUACCGUUCUCUUUCAGCUCAAAUUUUUUUGUACAUUCAAAUGAGCUGUGAGAUGUGGGAAUUUGACCUUCAUGGAGAUUUAUACUUUGAAAAAGUCAUCAAUGGUUUUCUGUAUGAGCUGUUUUCACAAUGGAAAAAAAAGAAAGCAAAUCAUGAAGUGACUAUUGUUCUGUUCUCCAGAAGAUUCUAUCAAAGUGAAGAUCUAUUCCCUGAUAAAAGAAAAAGCAUAUUACGAGAUCCACAUGGGAGAUUUUACGAAGACUUCUACCAAGUCUUAACCAGGGGUGAGAGAAAAGAUGACUGGUUGCCUGUCUUAGUAACUCUCAAGUACCAUAUAAACCAGUACCAAAAUUUUACCAUAUGUCAAGGGGAGUCAGCUGUUGGAAUAAAUUCAACUGCACAUGAAGGCAAUUUCUUGGAGGCAAUUAAUCUUUCAAUGAACAUAUUUGAGAAACAUUACCAAGACCGCAACUUUGAUUGUACAGGCCAGUCCAUAUUAGUUGUUACACCUGGAACUGGUGUCUUCGAAGUUGAUCGAGCAUUAAACAGCAUUACAAAACAGAGAAUGAUUGAUAGUGGUGUUGCAGUGGAUUUGGUGUGUAUGGCAGAGCAACCACUUCAUUCAGUUCCUCUUUUAAAGUUCUUUGAUAAAGGAGGCGAGAAUGAAGUCAAAUUGGGUGAUGAUUAUAACAUUCCACAUUGGAUGAAUCAUAGCUUCUAUGCCUCACCAAAAUCCCUGGACAAACACAAUACCUUUAUACCAAGAAUUCAACUUCCUGAUGUGGUAUUUAAUUGGUUUGGUGUAGAUCCAGUAAACAAUCAGUUCACUAAAGGUUUGCAUAAGAAUUUUCAGCCAAAAAAUGCAAAUGAGCAAGAAACCAAUCAAAUUCUUGAUUUUGUCAAUUUUGAUGAGUUUGAUGCCAAAAUAUUUUGCAAGAGGACAUUGAGAAGACCCAAAGAAAAGUUCAAAAAGAAUAGAUCUGCCCCAUUAUUCCAUGCAGUUCCUAUUGACACAGAUUUUGACAGGCUCACUAGUAUGUCACAGGAAGAUCUAAGUGUUUCAAGUGGAAACUCAUCUAAUGUCAGAGAGCAAGGUCUGAGAAAUGUUCAUUCAGACAAGCAUAUUGUGUCUUCAUCACUAGACCAUGUUCCAAAAGACAACUAUUUUUCAGAGGUUAUGUCAAGAGAGGAUGACAAGAAAGGGCUGAUAGAUGAUGAUCUAUUGGUAGUAAACCUGUCCCCUGUAGUUGGUAGUGCUGAUGCACCACGCAAGCUCACAGGGUUACCAGCCAGAUAUUUGCAUGAUCCUCGAAGAACUUUAUUUAACCCAUUCAAACCACUAAAUAUUCCUUGCAGAUGGACAUGUAACCGACAUCGUUGGGCACAUAGCUUUCCUAUAGGACAAGAUGGAAUUGUUAUUCACAGGCAGUUUUUGAAACAAUCUAAAAGCAAAACAAAGUAUAUUCCUAGCAACAAAAAGGCACUGGAAUCAGAGGAUUGUACCAUACAAGACAAACAAUAUAGAAUACAAGACAAGCUGGCUCUCAGACGGAGAAAAGGGAAUAUAAGAACAAAGUUUCAUCACCACUUGGAUACUAUUGAGCAGGAUUGGACAGCAGAAGUUGAGACAAGUGUUGAUUGGAAGUCCCUGAUUUUGCCAGCAUGUUUACCCCUUACCUCUGAAUAUUGUCCUGACAUGAAAACACUUGACACUGAUUACCUCGAAUUUCAUUAUGAGCUGUGUAUUGGCGAUGAUGAUGAUAGUUGCAGCAAUGAAUUCAUAGCAUCUAAAACAAGAUUGUCCAGCAAUCUAUCAAGAUAUGAUGACCAAGCAAGCAGUCAUCCAGUGUCUGUGAACACUAUGAUCACAGAGCUUGUAGCUCAGCGACUAUCAAAGGGGUUUCAGAUUCUGACUGAUCCUCCACAUCAAGAAAGGCCAACCCUCUCUACAUUCAUGUCAACGGAUUGUGAUUUUGAAGCAGAGGAGUACUUCCUUAGUAUUGGUCGUAAHAUUCAUAGACUCAGUGUUGUUCCCAAACAAUCUCAAAUCAAUGUGACCAGAUACAGACCACGACAUAUGCGUGGACUUGAUCCUGUGAAUUAUUGGUAUCAGUUACAUAUUGCCCACACACUGUUAUUUUCAAAUGUUCAAGAGGCAGAGUUCCAACAUGAUGAGUUGGAUAAAUAUAAUUGGAACUAUCUAGACCAGCACAUUAGUGGAAUCCAAGACUUUGCUGAGAUGGUUGAGUCUCUUAGGUAYUGGAAGUCAAGAUUUCUUCUGUUGCCUAUGCCAAGUCGAAAGAAACCCUAUGUUGACAGUACUGAUAGUGUUGAUACAAAUGUGUGUAUAGAAGGGAUGGUAAAAUAUUUGGAAGCUWUAAAUGGAAUUAAGGGAAGUAAAGUUCCUAGAAAACCCACUUCUCCUUUGCAUGGCUUGUUGAAACCAUAUAAUUCACAAGAUAGCAAGAAUGUGGACUUGGCCAAACAUACACAAAAUGUAGCAGACAAUAGACCUGAAUCAAAAGAUGUUGUAGUACUGGACAGAGCAUAUGAAAACAAAAGUUUGGGAGAAUCAAAUAAUUGUGAUAGCCAAAGUAACCUUUCUUUGGAAUCAUCUAGAGAUGUCAGCAUUGAAGAUACUUUGACUGCUAGCUCACCACUUGAAAGAAUUGCUGAAGAGUUUAUGGAUGCAUUAAGUGGAUUUUCAUUUCUUCCAACAACUAAAGGUUUGCAGCCCCAUAGUUUUAUCAGCAUACAUUGUGUACAGUGGAUGAUGCAUAGUGUGAAGGGACUGAAUGGAAGACAAGAUUGUAUAGCACUUGCACAGAAAAUGGUGGAAGCUAAGAUAAUUCAACAUGCUUCAGGGAAUCCAAGUCAGCAGUUUGUUUACGGAUUUGUAAUUUUCUUCAUCAACCCUAAAGAAAAUUGGAAGACAGCCAAAGGUUAGAUAUAUAGGGAAAUUUAUAUUUUCAUAGCCUGCGUCAGUAGCGGCCCUAAAUGGAUUGGGUAGGACCGCCCCAAUCCCUUUAGGGUCGCUACACAGGCUAUAUUUUCAAUGCCUUGCAACAAUUAUGAUAAUCCUCUUCUUCCUCUCAUUCGUUGCUGUAUUUAUCAA